AUGGCGGAUGAAGCAGUGCUAACUCUCGGCCUAAAAAAUCCGACGUUGUUGGUGAAGCAAAACAAACAUGUGUCGGGAUAUGUUUGGAACGAAACAAAUAAGAAAGUCUUGAAGCUGAGAUUACCCCACAUUCCUUUGAAUGGUGUCCCUCCACAAAUCGAACCAUAUGUUCAACUGGCUGGAUUUUACGAGACCGCUCUAGCUGGUUCUAUCAAACAAGACAAAGUGUUGAUAUCAACACUGCUGGUACUAAAUAUUGAUGGGCAACCUGUUACCGGGGUGACAUGGUGUGACUGGUCCGAUCUCGUUAUUCGUGCGCUAGGAGUCAUUCCACCGGCAUGUGCUAUUAGAGGAAGUUGUUUAAACAUGAAAUGGUUAAACCAGUGUUUUAAUUUUCAAAACCUAGGUGUACUUGAGCCGGCAGAAGCUGAAUUUGCUGCAAGAGCAUUCAUUUUGCGCCUGAUUGGCACUUUCUUAUUACCUGACCACUCGGGAUCACAUGUGCCUCUAAGAUAUCUACUACUAAUAGAGAAUUUAGCUCUGGCCUCCACAUACAGUUGGGGUUCGGCCGUGCUUGCAACUCUCUAUCAUGAGUUAUGCCAUGCAACCGGUUAUGAACGACAAGAAAUCAGUGGUUAUACUUAUUUGCUUCAAAUAUGGGCUUGGGAAAGGAUUCCAAUGACUGCCCGUGAAAGCAUACCAAGAUUGCCACUCGGCCGCCCCCUCGCAGGAAGAUGGGAAGGAAACGUUGGUCGUCAAAAGAAUCAAUUUGAUUUGUGGCGGAUCAAACUUGACGAACUGAGAGCUGGAGACAGGCCAUACCCAGAUCAUGUUAUAAAUUCGCUACCGGAACGGUGUCGGCAAAGUAUGCACUUGUGGAGAUCAGUUGUGCGAAUGAUAUGCUACACCUUUGUUGAGUGGCACCAACCGGAUAGAGCCUUGCAACAGUUUGACAUGUUUCAAGGGGUACUUGACCCACCAUAUCAAAUUGAUGAAAUGCAUGAUAUUUCCUUGUCGGGGAAGGAACAGGAAGAUUGGGUUACAACCAUGAUGCCCUUUAUACAGAUGUGGGGGAAAAGACACUACAGGACGAUUGAGCAACUCGUGGUUAAUACGUUAGCUAGCCCUAACGACCCUUACAUGAAGUGGGUCAACACAUUCAUCAUGUGUGGUAUGGACUUUCUGACGUCGGUCGCGGAUGUGACUAUACAUGGAGGUACUCUACCACCCCGAGAUGGUGAGUACUCAUUGUAUCCCCUACAUCAUGGUGAUUCAUACCGGCAGUACUACUUUGGUGGUGGGUCGAGACCUCCUACAAAUGAGUCAGGGUCAUCUGGUAGUUCCCAACACUACCAAGAGCCACAUAUGCAGAUGCCGGAGUCACAACCAUAUUCUGGCUCACAGCCAUACAUUCCGUACAUGCAUUUCGGUGAAUCACAGUCAUAA